AUGUCGUACCCAUAUCUCGCUAAAACAACAUUGAAAUAUAAAUCCCCUCACGCUACUGACCUAUCGUUCCCCAAGGAUGAAACCAUUCGAGUGACGGGACCGAAUCCGGAUGACGAAGAUUGGUUGAUUGGAGAAUAUCUCGAUGGAUCGAAAUCUGGUGGAUUUCCAAAGGAUUUCAUCGUCCCCAUCGAAGAGUCUGAACACGAGCCCCUCUCCCAGCCCGAGACCGAGCCCGAAGCGCAAGUAGCUGAACCUGCCAUGGAGGAAGACAAUCCUGCUCAAUCUCCACCUCCCGUAUCAAUCCGUCAGCCUGCUCCACCUUCACCUAAGUUAGAUCCUCAAUCCAGAUUACCCACACCUGGAAUCGCACCUUCUCCCGCUCAUCCAUCUCCUGUUGAACCCUCGACUCCCGCUCCUGCUCCAGCUACCACUACUUCUGCUCAACCCAAACCUACUACCAACCCAGCAGAUUCACCUCCUCGUCCACAGUCUAUGAAAGAUCGAUUGGCAUUCUUCGCUGCCGCACAAGAUAAGCCUGCUCCACCACCUAUCAAACCCAAACCUCUGGGUGGGGCUGGUGGCUUGACAUGGUCACAGAGGCAGAAAUUGCGUCAAGAACAAGAAGCCAAGGAACGUGAGGCUAAUCCACAACCAGAACCACAAUCUCCACCUCAACCUACACCAGCUCCCUCUCAGCCUGCGACUACCGCGAGCACAUCUACUGAAGAGAAGAAGAAAGAAGAAGAAGGGAAGGGGAUGUCGGCUGCGGAUGCUCUAAGUUCGAUUACGAAAGGUGGUUCUUUGAAAGAACGUAUGGCCGCGUUACAAGGUCAUGGAGCCUUUGGUGGAACAAGCGAGAGCAAACCGACUCCGCCUCCUGUAUCGAGUGGUAAAGUCUGGAAAAGACCUCCUGCUCCACCUGCUCCUGAACCAGAAGCAGAAGAAGAUGCCGAAGCUGAAGGCUUGUCAUCGACCGACAAACCGGAAAAUGCCAAGUCGCCUCCUGCAGUCGAAGGAGGUGAACCUCUGGCUGAAGCAGAGGGUCAAGGGGUUUCUGAAGAAGAAGGAGAAGAGGACGAAGAGGAGAAGGAAAAGGCUAGAAGAGCUGCUAUUGCCGCUAGGAUGGCUAAGCUAGGUGCGAGAGGUCCAAUGGGAAUGAUGGCCCCUGCUAAACCUACUAGAAAGCCAACCAAGGAAGAUACUGCUUCUCCAGCUGAGGAGAAAGCCGAGCCUGCACUUCCAACUGCUCCAGCAACUACUGGAGAGAAGGAGGAAGCCAAGCCCUUUAUCACAUCGGAAGAACCAGCUUCACCAGCCCCAUCUGCUCCCACUGAACCUGCGAGUUCUGCUGCGCCUCCCAAGUCAAUCCCAAUAGCUGCGAUGCCUCGUCGAACUGCUCCUCCGAAAAGACGUACACCUGCACCAGCAGCUUCCACAACUUCGCCUGAAGCCGUCCGAGAGAACCCUUCUGAACCUGAGAAACGAUUCGAAACUACCGAUGGGAGUGGUGCGCCUAUACCACCUCCUCAGGUGAUGGUAGCAGGCGAAGAGGAUCUUCUGCCCAAGACCGAAUCUGGUGUUCAGAAGGAAAAGGAGGCCGAAGAAGUGGGUAAAGGUGCUGGUGGAUUGGAAGGAGCUGCUGCUGCUGGUAUUGCCCUUGCUCCCGUCGGCCCUCCAACCGAUACUGUACCCCCAGAAGAGGAAGAGGUAAAGGAAGAGGGAAAUGCACCUCUUGACACUGAAUUACCCGAAGAGAAAGACCAGCCGCUCGUUGGAGCCGUAGCAGGUGCAGACUCCCUUUCUCGAGGUACUGGUACAGUCACUACGCAAGAUGAAGGAGAAACCGGAGAGAUCAUCGAUAAAUCACCGCCAGUAACAGAAGUAGAAGAAGGUAUAGUGGAAGGUGGAGAUGAAAAGGACGGUAUCCUGAAAGAAGCGCAGGAAGGUAAACUGAAAUUUGAAGAACCAAAUGAUCCCCUAGAUGAGGAUACGCCAACUCCUCUCAGCCCAGAUCCCAUAGGUAUGGUACCCAUCCAUCCCCCAGCUUCGAACGGAUCGGAUUACGAUGAAGACGAACCUGCACCACCCCUCCCGCCUGCCAGAAGACCCAGAGGAUUGUCAUUGGACGUUCCGUUGGAUGAGCUGGAACUGAAACAUGAACAUGAUCAUACUCAUGAUCAAGCUAGUGGUUCAUCACAACAACCUAUCGAAGAGGAUGCCCCACCUCCACUGCCUUCUCAAAGACGACCUUCAACAGAGAAACUGGCUGGCCCCAGGCCACUGCCGUCACCCGGCAGAGAGGGAAGAGCUUUACCCCCUCCUCCUGUCGGUAGUGCUCUCAUUCCACCCCGAGAAGAUUCGGAUGACGACGAAGAGGAGGACGAUGCACCACCACCUCCUCCUGCUAGACCACCACAACCUCCUGUAGCUGCAAAACAAGAGGAAGAAGAGGAGGAGGAUAUACCUCCGCCACCUCCUCCAGGUCGGCAUAUCCCUCCACCUGCCCAGGACAUCGAAGCCGAAGAUGAAGAAGACGUACCACCACCUCUUCCAUCUGCAAGACCCCUUCCUCCACCACCUGCUCAGGCUACCACAGACGGUGAAGAAGAAGUUGCUCCCCUCCGGGACGAUGUAGAGGAGGAGGAAGAUGCCCCUCUGCCCCCUCCACCCGCUAGAAAACCUUCCAUGCCUGCGCCCAUCCAGGUAGCAAUUCCUGCUGUUAUGAAUUCCCCCAAGUCGCCUUCUGCACCUUCUCCUAGUGCUACCUCCCCACCGACUCAAUCUCGUACCCUCGCUUCCGACGAGCCACCUUCGUCGCCCAAAGCAGAAGAUGAAGAUGCUACCCGACGAUCAGGUAUCGCGGCGCGAAUGGCCAAGUUGGGAGGUAUAAAAUUCGGAAUGCCACCACCUGCAUUCAAGAAACCUCAAAAUAUCACUUCACCUUCUUCCGAAGUCCCUCCAGCUGAAGAGGGACAUGUAGACUCCCCCAUUGACAAAGAACCUCCCUUGCCUAGUCCGAGAGGGGAAGCGCCUGUUUCUCCUGUCACAGGGGGUGAUGACGAAGGCGAAGAGACGCCUGAACAAGAAGCGGCUAGACGACGAGCUACUCUAGCUAGACUACGGGCUGGUGGAGCGCUAGGUGGAUUUGGGCUGUUCAACCCUGGCGGUUCUGCUGAGCCUGAGGAACCAAAAGAAGAUCCGAGAGGUAUAGAACAAGAUAAGCCUGUGCCUACGUCAACAGAGGAAGAAGAGGAAGAAGAUGCACCUCCUCCACCCCCACCUGGAAGACCUCCUGUCCCAUCUGGUCGACCUGUCCUUGCCCCGCCUGCUGAUGUUCAUGAUGAAGAGGAUGCUCCACCACCGCCUCCUUCAGGUAGACCAACGAUCUCUACUUCUGUCGGCGGCAACGAUGCGACCCCUCCACCGCCACGAGUACCCCAAACUCCCACUUCUCCUGCUGUAGGAUCUCCCGUACGAACCCCCUCUGGCAGGAGACCACCUGUUCCUACAGAGAAGCGAUUCUCCUUAUCGCAUAAGAGAACCAGUACGGCGUCGUCAGCUAUCAUACCUGAAGAUCAGCCUAUAUCAGGUAUUGGUUCAGGUGAAUGGCAAAUAUCAGAUGAACCAGCUGCUAUCUUGUCAAGUCAGAUAGAUAAUCAGGAAGCAGAAGAUGACGGUCCACCACCACCACCACCACCCAAUAGACCUCCAGCUCCUGCUCAGGUCCAAGGUCAAUCACCACAACCUUCACCUAGAAGAUCGGGAUCCUUGCUUUCUAGAAAAUCUAGAACUUCAAUUGAUAUUCCUCCACAGGCGCAGACGCCAUCGAGGGUACCUCCCUCGCCUGUCCAACAGCAAUCGCUUGCUAGACAACCUUCCGUCUCGCAAGCUCAAGGUGGUAGACCAGGAUUCGAUCAGCUGAAAGAAGCUUCGCAGAGGUAUGGUGCUCAGCUGGCCAGAUCAGCCCAUAACAUCUUUAGUCAAGGGAAGAAAGCCCAAGUCGGGGAUGGAAGUCCCGCUGGUUUCGUGUUAUUCGCCAUGGAUUCUGCGCAAUUACCUCGACCUGAUACUGAGAAAGGAUGGGGUCAAGUGGUAUUUGAGCAAGAGGGUGGAUCGAUCUUGAGAAGAUACGAUGAUCCUCGACCAGGUGAUAUAGCUGCGUUUCACGAUUCAAAACUUAAAGGUAAAAAAGGAUUAUCAACGUAUAAUCAACAUGUCGGAUCAGUCGAGGAACCUUUGAUAGGUGUUGUAGCGGAGUUUGAGGAGAGGAAACAUAAAUUGAGGAUUCUACAAGUUGAAAGGGGGGUACCUGAAGAAGUUAGUUAUAGAUGUGAAGAUUUGAAGAGCGGUAAGAUCAUUGUUUACCGACCUGGUCUUUAA